GCACCCGCCCUAGGCCGCCUCUCAGGAAUUUAGAAAAGAACCCUGGUCCCGUCUGGAGGCCGAUAGUCCUUUGGGCUUCAGAAGGAAGCCUGCGUGAAUGUUCGGCGUUUUUUAAAAAAGUCAUUGUGUUGGGUGUCGAUGGGGUCUGUCUGUAAAAGGCUGGGAAAGAACAAAAUCUCUUACCGGUCCUUCUUUAAAGAGACACCCUCUGGAGCUGAAAGCCGCAAGAACCGGCUCCGCCCCCCAUCUCUGGUCGUACCAGCGUCCACGGCCUCUCUGUCUUUCCCAGCAUCAGGGUCUUUUCCAGUGAGUCGGCUGUUCGCAUCAGGUGGCCAAAGUAUUGGAGCUUCCAAAGAGGAAAGUCAAGGCAAGUUUUAAGUAUGUUUCUGCAAGGUCUGGAGUUCUAUCUGUAUGAUCAGUUUUCCGGAUCCCUCCUCCCUGCCUUUUGCUCCUCUAGAAGAAUAUGAAGAGGCGUAUACUCAGACCUGCUCAACCAGCCACCCUGCAAGCAGGCAGGACUUAAUUUUAGAGAGGAAAUCAGUUUCUCAGAGCUGUGAGAGUCACAUCAGCCUCUAGGAGCCCCUAGGUUCUGGUGCCGCAGGCAAACGCAAGAAUCCUGAGGGCAAGAGUCUGUGGUCACAGGAGGACCACGCCACUGUGAGGCAUCUCAGCAGAGGCUCUGGCCGCUUUCUCACCAGAAGUGGACAAGGUCAGUCAGGAGGCAUCAUGCUGCAGCAGCUCCUGAUCACCCUGCCUGCCGAGGCCAGCACGUGGGUGAAGCUGCACCAUCCGGAGAAGGCCAAGGAGGGGGCGCCCCUGUGGGAGGAUGUGACCAAGAUGUUUGAAGGAGGAGCUCUGCUAUCUCAGGAUACUGAUGAGACCCAGGGAGAAAGUUUAAAGGAUGAAUUGAUCCCCAGGACCCCAACAGCAGACUCCCAGGAACUGUUGACCUUCAAGGACGUAUCUGUGGACUUCACCCAGGAGGAGUGGGGGCAGCUGGCGCCUGCUCACCGGAAUCUGUACCGGGAGGUGAUGCUGGAGAACUAUGGGAAUCUGGUCUCAGUGGCAGGUUGUCAGCUUUCCAAACCUAGUGUGAUUUCCCAGUUGGAGAAAGGAGAAGAGCCAUGGAUGACAGAGAAAGAAGGCCCAGGAGAUCCCAGUUCAGACUUGGAGAGUAAAACGGAAACCAGUGCCUCAAAUGCAAAAUACAUUUUACAAAAACAGUUAUAUCAUGGCAUGAUGAUGGAAAGGUUAAUGAGAGAUGAUGUCAUUUAUUCCACAUUGAAGAAAGUCUCAAAAUAUGAUGAUGAGUUAGAAAAGCACCAGGAUCACCAUGGAAGAAAUGUGAGACAAACCAUUAUGAUCCAUAAGAAGAGAAGCCAAGAAACUUACAAAUUUGGCAAAAAUAUCGUUAGUUCAAAUGUUGUUAUAGAACAGAGGCUCCGUAAGUGUGACACACCUAGAAGGAGAAACAAAUGCAAAUCAGAUUUGAUUAAUCAUCCAACAAGUUACGUAAGAGUAAAAACCUAUGAAUGUAAUAUAUGUGAAAAGGCCUUCAAACAACCCAUUCACCUUACUGAACACAUGAGAAUUCAUACUGGUGAGAAACCUUUCAGAUGUAAAGAAUGUGGUAGGGCCUUCAGUCAAAGUGCAUCCCUUACCACACACCAGAGAAUCCAUACUGGUGAGAAGCCCUUUGAAUGUGAAGAAUGUGGCAAAGCCUUCAGACAUCGCUCGUCUCUUAAUCAGCAUCAUAGAACCCACACUGGGGAGAAACCCUUCAUAUGUGAUAAAUGUCAGAAAGCUUUCAGCCAGAACAUUAGCUUGAUCCAGCAUUUGAGAACUCAUUCUGGAGAGAAACCCUUUACGUGCAAUGAAUGUGGGAAAACCUUUAGACAGAUUAGACACCUUAGUGAACAUAUAAGAAUUCAUACUGGGGAGAAGCCCUAUGCAUGCACUGCAUGUUGUAAAACCUUUAGUCAUAGAGCUUAUCUGACGCAUCACCAGAGAAUCCAUACUGGGGAGAGACCCUACAAAUGUAAAGAAUGUGGGAAAGCCUUUAGGCAGAGGAUACACCUUAGCAACCAUAAAACUGUUCAUACAGGAGUGAAAGCAUAUGAAUGCAACCGCUGUGGAAAAGCAUACAGGCAUGAUUCAUCCUUUAAGAAACAUCAGAGGCAUCACACAGGAGAAAAACCUUAUGAAUGUAAUGAAUGUGGAAAAGCCUUCAGCUAUAAUUCAUCACUUACUCGACACCAUGAAAUACACAAGAGAAAUGUCUUCCAAAAUCAUAUCUGAAAACAGAUUAUGUACCAUGAGAACAAAAGCUAAGUCUAAACCAGUAGCUCUGUGCUUUGAAUUUUAGGACUCUAAAUUUGAGAAAUUGACAUAAUGAUGCCAACUUCUAGUUUUGCUCAUUGUGUAAAUAAACACUACAUUGAUAACUACUAUUUAC